AUAUGACGUGGCAAAAGUCUUGAGAAAAGAUUUUUAGUCAACGUAUCGUAACUGACUCUUUAGCUCAAGCCAGGAACCAACUAGCUAGCUCGUCUCUCUCCCCGGAUACACAAUUAUUCCCCUCGCCUCCAACGCUUCACUCACACUGAGAAAUCCCUUUUUCUCUUUCUCUCUCUGUUUCUCUUUCUCUCCAUUUCCUUCUCUUUCCUUUCCCCCUAAGCAAACCCUUUUUCUUUCAUGUUUUUCCCUUUUGACCUUAACCCCAACGCUUCUAGUUCCGGUUCUUAAUCCGGGCUUCAACCGCAAAUGCAUCCAACCGAACAACCGCAACUGCCACCUGCCCCACCGCCGUCAGAGCAACCAGAGCUUCAACCACCGCAAACACUUCUCGACUUAAUCACAGGCGUUCUCUCUCUCCUCCUUCUGUCUUCCCUCACCGUUCGAUCUUUCCUCGGACGGUGGCAAGUCCUCCGAUCAAAGCUAUGUCUUCUCCAAUCGUCUCUUUCCUCAAUCUCCGAAUCUCCUCACUGGAACGAGAACUCUUUGCUUCACACUCUUUUCCCUUCUCUUCUCUCCACUCUCCAACGUUUAAAGGCUCUCUCCGAUCAAUGUACUCUUUCUUCCUUCACCGGUGGGAAACUCCUCAUGCAAAGCGACCUCGACAUGGCUUCGUCUUCUCUCUCCAGCCAUCUCCAUGACCUCGAUUUGCUUCUCAGAUCUGGCAUUCUUCACCAAUCCAACGCCAUCGUUUUGUCUCACCCGGGACCUGGCUCUGAUAAAGAUGAUUUAGAAUUUUUCAUCAGGGAUCUCUUUACGCGACUUCAGAUUGGAGGCAUUGAGUUCAAAAAGAAAGCUUUAGAAUCACUUAUCCAGCUUUUAAACGACGAUGAGAAAUCUACUCCUGUGGUUGCUAAAGAAGGAAAUGUUGGCUAUUUGAUAAGUCUUCUGGAAGUUAACAACCAACCUUUAAUUCGAGAACAAGCCGUUUUAGCAGUGUCGGUGCUGGCUUCGUCAAGCGAAGAUUCGAGAAAAAUCGUCUUCGAAGAAGGAGGAUUAGGGCCUUUAUUAAGAAUCCUCGAAACAGGUUCCAUUCCUUUAAAAGAGAAGGCUGCGAUUGCUGUUGAAGCAAUCACCGCCAAUAGCGAAAACUCCUGGGCAAUUUCAGCAUACGGCGGAGUCUCGAUCUUAAUAGAAGCCUGCCGAUCUGGUUCCCAACCAACACAAACCCACGCUGUUGGAGCUCUUCGAAACGUGGCUUCCGUGGAAGAUAUUAGAAUGGCUUUGGGUGAAGAAGGUGCGGUUCCCGUUUUACUCCAGUUAUUAGUCUCAGGUACCACCGCUGCACAAGAAAAAGCAGCCAAUUGCAUUUCAAUACUCGCUUCUUCUGGUGAAUAUUUUCGCGCUUUGAUUGUACAAGAAAAAGGAUUGCCGAGGUUAAUGCCUUUGAUUCAAGAUUUAUCAAGUUCAGAUACAAUCGAGCAUAUUCUCCGUACAAUCAGUUCACUUUCAGUUUCAGAUUCCGUUUCACGGAUAUUAUCAUCUUCAACGGUCUUCAUUAUCCAAUUGGGUGAAUUUAUGAAGCACGGGAACAUGAUUUUACAACAGAUCUCAGCUUCUUUGUUAUCAAAAUUGUCAAUUAGUGAUGGAAACAAGCGAGCAAUUUCUAGCUGUAUGGGUUCUUUGGUAAAAUUAAUGGAAUCACCAAAACCAGUGGGGUUACAGGACGCGGCGGCGCAAGCAAUUGUUUUACUGUUGACUGUCCGAUCAAAUAGGAAGGAUUUGGUUAGAGAUGAGAAGAGUGUGAUGAGACUGGUACAGAUGUUGGAUCCAAAGAAUGAGGCUGUUUCUAAGAAGUUUCCAUUGAUGGUGGUGAUUGCGGUGUUGAGCGGAGGAAGCGACGGUUGUAGGAAAAGACUGGUGGCUGUGGGAGCCAAUAAGCAUCUGCAGAGUUUGGCUGAAAUGGAAGUCGCCGGAGCUAGAAAGGCGCUUCAGAGACUCGCUGGGAAUAGAUUCAAGAGCAUUUUCAGCAGGACUUGGAGGGAAUAACAAGAAAAGAAACUAACCCCCCGCCAACUAAGCAGGAGUUCGUUUGGAAUUUUCUAACUGUCAGAGAAUGAGAAACUGCUACGGUGGAAAAAGCACCAGACAUAAUUCGUACACUCAAACUUUUUUACCUCAUAUCAUUUUAAAAAAAGUUUCUAAUAUUAAUUAUCUUUUAAUAUAUAUUAUUAUAUGAUGACAAAUGGCAUGGAUGCGGUUUUUAGGGAGUAUCCUCGUUUUUCUUAUUUUAUUUUAUUUUUUAAUUAAUAGUAUUUGAUUCACUCAUGAAACUGAGCUGUGUAAGAGGGAGGUUAUGAUGAUUGUUAUGUUUUCUUUUUUAAUUUAAUCUUUCUUUUGCGGACUUUAUUUUAUAAUGUAAAUUCCUAAAGUCUUUGUUUUUAUCUGUAAUUUCUUUUACUUGUGGAAAAAAAGAGUGCAGCUGUUUCUGUUUGUCGUUUGUCGUGCAUAAGUUUACUACGCUAUGGAAUAUGAUGACAUUUGUCUCGUAGUUUCUUGGAAUGUUGUUGAAUUGAUAUGGACGUUACUGACCAAAUCUGGGGUUGCAGCCUAUAACACGCCCAAAGCUUUUAGUUUUAGGGCUUAGAUUUGGCUUUUUGGGUUUUGCCCUUUCCAAGUAGGUAAUGGAAAGGAAUCAACGGCAAUGAUUAUGGUCUUUGGUGUUCAGCAUAGCUGAUGGCUCUUUCAUCAGAUUUGGCAAUGUGGGUUGUGGGUCCCUUGUUUUCACACUUUGUUUGCAAUCCUGAAUGUUGGCCUGGAAUGAUAUUGAGAAUCUGAAAAGAGAAAAAAGAAAAGAAAAUUUGGGCAAGGAGGCCAAGAGGGUGCAGCACCAAGGGUAAGAAAAGAAAAGAAAAUAGGGGUGGGAGAGGACUGAGGAGUCAGGCUCGGCGCUGAUGUAGGGAAGAAGGGGAGCUAUAGAGAGGGUACAGACUAGAGAUGCGGGUCCCAAGCAGAAGAGAGCAGCGACAUCACAUGGGAAAAGGAAGAUAUAAAUGUAGUUACUUAGACUUAGACUAGUAUGUUGUCGAAACAUAAUAUUGAGUGGUCCAUUUCAUUGUUCACAACUUCACAUGCCAUUGCUAGCUUAAUUCUUGAGUCUUGAGUCAUCACCCUUGUCUUGGUUGUUUUAUUAGCCGUUGGUCCUACCACAAUCUACCAGCAGAUGCUACCAAACAACAGUUUUUCACUUUUUUUUUUUUAGUUUUAUUUUGCAUUAUUUGUUGGUAAUGGAACUUAUGGUCAUAUUUUCCUUCUGAAGCCACUGUGUCAAAAAGCUGUAAAGCUUCACGCUUCCAUCUCUCUCGCUUCUGUCACUCUGUUUCAGCCUUGUCCAUCAUUCUUUACUAUUUCGUACCAAAAAUAAAUUACUGUUUACUGUUACAGGUUUCCCAGUCCCUUUGGCCCAUUUAAUCACUGUGUUUGUUUCUGGUUAACAGAAUAUACCGUCACAAGGAAUAUCUAGGGUUGGUAAAAAAAAUACUUUUACUAGUGUUUUAUUUUGACGGAAGAAUAUUACGGCUGGACGCAGGCCCUGCCCGUCAAUUGGUUUAACAUCGAGUUUGAUAAGUUCCACGAGCAGACAAUAGACAAACACAGUAGUUGGUGUGUUGUGAUAAUUUGAGUAUUUCCAAAGUUCACGCACCCCACCGUCAAUUUUGGGGCAAAAUCUAGACCUUAAGAGGAUGCCUUAAGGCAGUGCUUGAUGCUAUGCAAAGAAAUAUUCUACCUAGACUGUCGUAGAUUAGACGGCGAAGAACUGUAUGACUGACUGGACGCUCAAUUGGUGGUUGAAG